AGCCUUAAUGAUUCGUGAACACCCCAAGAGCUGAUUUUUUUUACGAUCCAAAACUAGCCAAAUACUAUAAAAUCAAAAUUGGCAGUAAAAAUUAAUCGAUAAUCAAUAACAAAAUAACAUGGAACAUCAACAACAAGAAUCAUCCAGUAAUUUACAACUAGUUACAGUUACUGACGGUAAUAAUAAUUUCAAUAAUGAACCAGAUUCUGCUGCUGUUCCGCCUGAAGAAAUUAGGGUUUCAAAAUUCGAUUAUUCAAUUGAUAAUCACUUCAAAUACAUUGAUCAAAUUUCAAUUCUUUCUGGUGAAUCGGAAAUUCAGUAUCAAGAAACCGAAUUACAACGCUUGAAUUCCUCUGUUACUUUCUUAAGGAAAUGGAGAGAUUUCUGUUAUCAACCUCGAACUAUUAGGUUUGCUUUUGAAAACGAGACUUCCCAGGAGAAGGAUGUCACAGCUGGGUUAAACUUGCCUCAAUUUUCUUCAGCAGCUGUUCCCAAGGAUAUGUCAGAUGGAAACAGAAUCUCUUCACCAUUGAGCAAAGAUUUUGUAAUGUACGUUGGGGGCCAAGUUUGGGCAUUGGAUUGGUGUCCCAGAGCUCAUCCGAGUUCUGACUCUGACACUAAUGUGGAGUUCAUUGCCGUUUCUGCUCAUCCUCCCAACUCUGCAUAUCACAAGAUUGGUGCUCCACUUACUGGAAGAGGUCUCGUCCAGAUAUGGUGCAUAUUGAAUAUUGGUGUGAAAGACCAAGAUGUGAUCCCUUCCGGCAAAGGAAAAUUAAAAUCAACUUCCAAAAAUAAUGACAGUCAACCAAAGAGACCAAGAGGGAGACCAAGAAAGAAUCCUGUAGGUGAAUCUACAAGUGACAUGGAUGGCAAAGAAGAAACGGGUAAAAGUUCCAAAUCUUGUAAGCCACAAAAGCCUAGAGGAAGACCAAGAAAGAAUCUUGUUAGUGAAUCUGUGAGUAAUUUAGAUGGCAGCAAUCAGUUAAUCCAAAGUCUGGCUUUACAAGAUCCUGAAAAUCCAAACUUACUUCAGCUAGUGGCCACGGAAGAAACUGAUGCAAGUUUUGGCUCAGUUAAGCCGAAAAAGCCUAAAGGAAGGCCCAGAAAGAAACCUGCAAGUGAAUUUGUGAGUACUAUAGAUGGCAGCAAUCAGUUAAUCCAAAGUCUGCCUGUACAAGAUCCUCAAAAUCCUAACUUACUUCGACUAGUGCCCAUGGAAGAAAUUGAUAAAAGUUCCAGCUCAGUUAAGCUGAAAAAGUCGAAAGGAAGACCCAGAAAGAGACCUGUAAGUGAAUUUGUCGAUGGCAGGGAUCAAUCUAAACAAAAUCUGGCUGAUCAGUCUCCUGAAAGCUCAAGCACAUUACUUAAGCUACUUGACAAAGAAGAAAUGAGUAAAAGUUCCAAAUCUAGUAAGACGCAAAAUCCUAGAAAGAAGCCAAGAAAUAAUCCUGUAAGUGAAUCUGUAAGCAGUGAUCAAUUUCUGCAAGUUCUGUCUGUGGAAUCUCCAGAAGAUUCAGACCAUUUACUUCAAAUAGCUGCCAGAGAAGAAACUGAUACAAGUUUGAAAUCAAGCAAGCGACAAAAGACAAAGUUAAAACCCAGAAAGAAACAAGUGAAGGAAUCACUAAAUAAUUCUAAUGGCGUUGACAAACAUAUGUGCUCAUUUCCUGAAUGUCCUGAUAGUUCACCAAAAGCAAGUGUGCAACCUCUUGCUGUUGAGUUCCCUGAAGAUGCAUCCUAUGUCUAUACCCGAAAGCGGAAAGGUGACAAUAAAAAAUUCUCAACAAAGUCAAUGCGGACAUCUUCAAAGUCUAGCUUAACAAAAUGCCAGACAGUAAUAAAAAGUCAAGUAACUAGUACUGAUGUACCUCUUCCAACACAAAGUUGUGGAAGUCCUCUACAGCAAGAUCCCAUCCUUUCUGAACCUGUUCUUGAUAGUGGUUUCGUUUCUGAGGAUGCUUCUUUACCUAGACUUGUAAUGGGAUUGGCCCACGGUGGAAAAGUUGCAUGGGAUCUGAAAUGGAGGCCCUCUGAUUCUCGUGUUAUUUCCAAGCACCUAAUGGGCUACCUUGCUGUCUUGCUUGGAAAUGGAUCUCUUGAAGUGUUGGAAGUACCUCUUCCCUGUAUAACUAAAGAAAUAUUUUCCACUGCUCAGAAGGAAGGUAGUGAUCCUCGCUUCAUCAAGUUGAAGCCAGUUUUCAUGUGUUCAAUGUUGAAGUGUGGUGAUAGACAGAGUAUUCCCCUAACAUUGGAGUGGUCAACAUCAGCUCCUCAUGAUCUUAUUCUGGCCGGUUGUCAUGACGGAGUGGUGGCCUUGUGGAAGUUCUCUGAUAACGAUCCAUCUAAAGAUACUAGACCUUUGCUUUGCUUCAGUGCGGAUACAGCUCCUAUAAGGGCAUUAAAGUGGGCUCCAUUGGCUAGUGAUACCGAGAGUGCAAAUAUAAUUGUUACUGGUGGACAUAAAGGUCUUAAGUUUUGGGACAUACGUGAUCCGUUUCACCCUCUUUGGGAUAUUGCUUCUCAGCAGAACAUAAAUAGUAUGGAUUGGCUCUCAAAUCCAAGUUGUGUUGUUUUAUCCUUUGACGAUGGAGAAAUAAGAACAAUCAGCUUACUGAAGGCUGCUUGUGACAUUCCUGUUACGGGUAUGCCCUGUAUUAAGACACCACAACAUGGAUUACAUAGUUAUUACUCUUCAUUAUCUUCAGUUUGGAGUACUCAAGUGUCAACAACAGGCAUGGUUGCAUAUUGUUGUUCAGAUGGGAAAGUUCUUCAUUUCCAGCUUAGUACCAAAGAGGUGGAGAAAGAUGAUAUCAGAAACCGCAAGAGUCAUUUUCUUUGUGGUUCCAUAACCUGGGAAGAAUCAACCCUUACUAUAUUCUCUCCGGUACCCAAUAAAUUGGGUGAUGUUCCCAGAUCCAAACGUGGUUUUAUAUCGAAAUCAAAUCAAGAGAAGAGAGCCAAGGACCAAAUCUUAAAGUCCCAAACACCAGAAAAACAACUAGGUCAUUACCUGGGCUCAGAAGACAAGUCAGGGAUAUACCAACAGAGCGGAGAUACCUCUCAGACGACCGAAACCAGUCAAGUAUUAGCGUGCAUGGAUAAUGACAAUAAGAAUGAAGGAGAGACUGUAAGAAAAUAUGUAAACAACGAGCAGGAAAAAGAGGUUCUUCCUUCCAAGAUCGUUGCAAUGCACCGUGUUAGAUGGAAUAUGAACAAAGGUAGUGAGAGAUUGCUGUGCUAUGGAGGCGCUGCUGGUAUUAUACGGUGUCAGAAAAUUUAUUAACCCAUAAGCUUAGAGUUAAUUCAGGGUUUUUUAGAUUAGGCAGGAUAAUGUAGAUCUCAACAAAUUUUGUAUUUCGUAAAUAGUUUCGUUAAUUUAUAUCCAUGUGUUUUGUUUUUCCUAGGCAAGUUUGUGUAUAUAACAUAGUAUAUUAGUAUUUA